AAAUACNAAAGGGUCUACUGAAAUUCCAUCCACAGCAGGAGUCAAAGUAGAAUUUAUGCGCUUCCAGCGAUGAUAUUACCUAAUAUUAGUAGUAAAUACUAAAUAUCCAUAUCCAUCAUCAUCAUUAUUCUUCAUCAUCGCAUUUUGCUACAUUAUCCACGCAUAUAAAUAUCUAUGCACAAAGUGGGGUGCCUUAAUCCACCAUAUUAUACAUCUCUCUUUUGGGGGUUUUUGAACUGGGACCAGACAUUGAUCGAGCACCUUAAGCUUAACCACCAAUCGCUAUCUAUUUGAAAGGGUUGGAUACAUAGGAUCAUAGAGGCGAGUGUAUUUGGGAAGAUCAGAUCUGCUGGUUCUUGUUCUGUCUUGAAAAGGGAUACAAAGCAAAAUGUCUUUUAUGGGAACACAACAGAAAUGCAAGGCCUGCGAGAAAACUGUUUAUCCGGUUGAGCUGUUAUCUGCUGAUGGUGUUAGUUAUCAUAAGUCUUGCUUCAAAUGUUCCCAUUGCAAAGGGACCCUCAAGCUGAGCAGCUACUCAUCAAUGGAGGGUGUGCUGUACUGCAAGCCUCACUAUGAGCAGCUUUUUAAGGAGACCGGCAGUUUCAGCAAGAAUUUUCAGUCCCCUUCAAAGUCAGCUGAGAAGUCAACUCCAGAGUUUACGAGGUCACCUAGCAAAGCUGCUAGUAUGUUUUCUGGGACUCAGGACAAAUGUGCAACAUGUGGUAAAACAGCUUAUCCACUGGAGAAGGUGACAGUGGAAAGUCAAAGCUACCACAAAUCUUGUUUCAAGUGUUCUCAUGGUGGAUGCUCGCUGACCCCGUCAAACUAUGCCGCCUUAGACGGCAUCUUAUACUGCAAACCUCAUUUUUCGCAGUUGUUCAAGGAAAAAGGGAGCUAUAACCAUUUGAUCAAGUCUGCAUCCAUGAAACGCCCAACGGCAACAGUUCCCGAUUCUUAAGUGCAGCAAAAAUUUAAUCAACCAAGUGCUAUUAUCACAUUGUGUGAGUUCUUUUUUCAUUUUGUUUUUCCACCUUUUGUUGGGUUUGAUAUGGGUGCAAACUUGAAGUGAUUGUCCUUUUACUGUCUUGUUUCUCGGCCGAGUGUAACUGGUGUUUUAGGGAAAGCACUGCCUAUAAAGAAACUAUGAAUUUUCUUCCUUUUUUUUUUGGUUUUUUUAAAUCAUUGAUCAAAGUGACCUGUUUGAAGACUCCGAGUGUGUUCUAAGCACCAUAAGCUAACUUAUAGCUUAUUUGGUCGACUAUAAGUUUCAUGUAUGCAAAUAGUGUUGGUUUGGUAUUACAAGUUUUUUUAAAAAA